UGAGUGUUGUGAAGUUCGCAAACCUUGUGAACUCAGACUUCUUCACACGGCUCAUAGUGUUGAGUUAUGUUUAUAAUGACGUAACCUAAUGUUGCAUUCUGGGUAAUCGUUACCCUCGUGGUCUGUAUGAUCAGCCAUGUACGCGUUGUAUGUUUAUUGAAGAGAAUAAAAGAAGUAAAGACACUCAUAACGAGAUGAGUUCUACAGGUUAUGGGUCGAGGACGGACUCGAAAUGGAACAGAUUGACGUUCGACGGAGACGAGAGCAAGUAUGAAUUGUGGGAGGCCAAAUUUUUGGGACAUUUACGGAUGCUGAAAUUGAAAGAUACAAUCUUGCCAUCGACGGAUGCGCCUGACGCGACAAAGAACGAAGAAUGCUAUGCGGAACUUAUACAGUUGUUAGACAAUAAAAUCCUCUCACUAGUAAUGAGAGAAGCUACUGACGACGGCAGGAAAGCCUUAAAGAUACUACGGGAGUUUUAUGCGAGCCAAAGCAAGCCUCGUAUCAUAACACUGUACACUGAACUAACAUCACUCGAAAUGGGAGUAAACGAAACAGUCACCGAUUAUUUUAUUCGUGCUGAGAAGGCUAUCACUGCUCUCAGAAACGCAAAGGAAACACUCGGUGAUGGGUUGAUCAUCGCAAUGAUUCUGAAAGGGUUACCAGAAUCCUAUAAACCGCUAGCUAUACACAUCACUCAAAGCGCUGGGGAGAUAUCAUUCUGUACAUUCAAAGGUCACCUGAGAAGCUAUAAAGAAACAGAGAAAUUUAGCAGUAAGGGGAAAGCAGACCAAGUAAUGAAGGCUGCGUCUCCAGCACCAAGUGCAUGCUAUGGUUGUGGUCAAACUUCGCACUUCAUCAGGGACUGCCCAAAGAAAAGUGAAACAACAAAAUGGUGCAAUUAUCACAAGAGUUCUACCCAUUCAGAUGGAGAAUGUAAAAGGCACCAACAGAAAGGAGACACAACAAAGAAAGUUUCUGUUAUGGAUGAUACAGAAAAUAAUGAGGAGGAACAUACUUUCACAUUUAAUGUGAAGGAUCACAGUAACAAAGUUCUCAACAACCCCAAGGGCAUGCUAGUUGACACUGGGGCUACAUCUCAUAUCGUUACAACUGAUACGAUCACAAGGAUCGAUGGAACAUUCAAACCAAGUGAACAUUGUAUGGAAUUAGCUGAUGGAACAAGGACCAGGAACAUUGCCGUAAAGCGAGGAGACGCAAUGGUAACCCUCAAGGAUGUGAAUGGCAGACAUGUAAACGCUGUGCUGAAGGGAGCAUUGUACAUACCAUCGUACCCCCAAGACAUCUUUUCUGUGAAGGCUGCAACUGCAAAUGGGGCAGAAGUUAAGUUCCAAACUGGACAGAAUGAACUCAUCCAUAAGGAUGGUACUGCAUUUAAAAUUGAGGAACAUAAUAAGUUGUACUAUUUGAAAGAACCACUUUAUGGUAAUGACAGCUAUGAUAAGAGUUUCAGGGUGGCACAAAGUUACUAGGCUAUGGCCUCAACAAACGCUACAGAAUGGAACCAAGCCAUGGCCGAAGAAAUGGGGUCACUUCAAGAAAAUGUCACAUUUGAGCUAACCUCCCUCCCGGAGGGUCUGAACCCAGUGGGGGAAAAAUUGGUAUACACCAUUAAAGAAGAUGCAGGAGGCAGGGAAGUAUUUAAAGCUAGAUAUGUAGCAAAGGGGUAUAGCCAAGUUGAAGGAAUUGAUUACCAGGAGACCUUCGCUCCUACUACGAACAUCACCUCAAUUAGGGUUCUAAUGCAAUUAGCAGGGCAGUAUGACCUCACUAUCCAUCAAAUGGAUGUCAAAACAGCGUACCUACAUGCACCAAUAGAUCAGGAAAUAUACAUGAAACAACCAGAAGGCUUCGAAGUGAUCUCCGAAAAUGGAGAAAAGUUAGUUUAUAAGUUAAAGAAAUCCCUUUACGGCCUAAAACAGUCAGGCAGAAACUGGAAUAAGCUUUUGCAUGAAAGUCUGAUGGAGAGUGGUUUUAACAGGAAUCCAUCAGACCACUGCGUCUACUCUAAGCUAGUAGGCAAUGAAAUUGUCAUUCUCAUAGUCUGGGUAGAUGAUCUGAUCAUUGCAUCAAGUGACAUGGGAAUCCUUAAUGACUUCAAGGAAAAUAUGAAGAGGCACUUC